AUGAAUAAUUUUUUGUCAUCGAAUAUAGAAGGCGCAAAUUUCCAUAAUUAUAAUCAGGAAAAUCGUAUGCAAAAACCAACAGGUACCAAACAUCAUAGGAAAUUACAGGAAGAAUAUCGUAAGUUGCAGUGGGCGCAUCUUCCAAAGCUGAGAAAAAAUUUUUAUCAAGAAGUCAAGGAAAUCGCUGUUAUGACAGAGGAAGAAGUCAAUGAAAUGCGUUUAGUAAACAACAAUAUAAUUGUUUCACGUUUAAAAACAAGUGAAGAUCAAAUGUGUCUUGAUAUACCGAAACCAAUAUACAAAUUCGACCACUGUUUCAAAGAUUAUCCUGAUAUACUUGAUGAGUUGAAGAAACAAAACUUUACGGAACCAUCUCCUAUACAAAAGCAAGCAUGGCCUAUAUUAUUGAGAGGCGAGGAUAUGAUAGGUAUUGCCCAAACAGGAACUGGAAAAACUUUAGCAUUUCUGCUUCCUGCUUUGAUUCAUACUGAUGGACAGACUACACCACGUGCGAAACGCAAUGGUCCAAAUAUAUUAAUUUUAGCUCCAACACGCGAAUUAGCACAGCAAAUAGCAAAAGAAGUUAACAAGUACUCGUUCCGUGGAAUAAAAGCUGUAUGUAUUUAUGGUGGUGGCAGUCGUCGUGACCAGAUUAGAGAUUUCAGAGAAGGAGCUGAAUGCAUAAUUUGUACGCCUGGACGUCUUAAUGAUUUGGUUCAAGCUAAAGUUGUAGAUAUUACAUCGGUUACAUAUUUAAUAUUAGACGAAGCGGACCGUAUGCUGGAUAUGGGUUUCGAGCCACAGAUUCGAAAAGUUCUACUUGACAUACGCCCUGACAGGCAGACCGUCAUGACUAGUGCCACCUGGCCACCAUGUGUUAGUAGAUUGGCCGAAACCUAUAUGAACAAUCCUAUACAGGUAUGGGUUGGCUCACUUGAUUUAACUGCCACUCAUUCUGUGACUCAAAAUGUAGAACUCGUGGAUGAUGCGGACAAAUUUAAUACGGUCCUGGCAUUUUUAGAAAACCUUAAAUCAAGCGAUAAAGUUAUUAUCUUCUGUUCUAAACGAGCUCGUGCUGACGACUUGUCUAGUGAUUUAUCUCUGAAAGGCCUGUUAACACAAUGUAUACAUGGUUCUCGUGAUCAGGCCGAUCGAGAACAAGCACUGGCUGAUCUAACCUCAGGUGACAUACAAAUUUUAAUAGCAACAGACGUUGCUUCAAGAGGUUUAGACAUUGAAGACAUCACUCAUGUUAUUAAUUUUGAUUUUCCGCGUAACAUUGAGGAGUAUGUUCAUCGUGUUGGUAGAACUGGACGCGCUGGGCGAACCGGCACUGCCAUAAGUUAUAUAACACGCUCGGAUUGGGCUAUUGCAAAGGAUCUCAUUCGUAUUUUGGAAGAAGCUGGCCAAGCAGUUCCAAAAGAACUAUACGGAAUGUCCAAUCGCUUUGACGAGAUGAAAAAAAGACGUGGUAAAGAUUUUAAAAUGGGUAGUCAUUUUAAUCCUUUUUUUAAACACAGUACACCGUAGUGGUACUCAUUUUUAAGAUUAACUUAGAAACAGUUAACUUAGUAACUUGACCACAACAUUGCAUUUUGUUUUUCACAUUACAUCUUAAAUAACCGCAAUGUUUGAUUCAAAUCGAUCAGUGUUUUACUUAAAUGAACGUUGAUCGCUAAAAAUUAAAAAUAAUUAAAAAACUGUUUCUAAUGUUAUUCGAAUAAUACUGUACAA